AGCUUAGAGGGAUGGGGUGAGGGCAGGAGGAAGCGGAGGCAAGGUGGGGGCCGCAGGCGCCUGCAAGCCAGGAUCCGAGGGCGCUAAAAGCUCCCGGUUCAGCGGCUCACCCGGGCGCUUUCCCGGAAGGUGGCGCGGGGCUCUGGGGUGGCAGCGCGCCCUCCGGGGAGCCAUGGCGGCGGGGGCCAGGGGUCGGCGGGCGGCGGCCCCGCCGAGGGCCUGAGCCGGCGGCUGGCUUGGCCAUGGCGGCGCCGGGUUGCGGGCCCUGAGCGCCGGCGGCGGGCGCGCACCAUGAACUCGUGGGACGCGGGCCUGGCGGGGCUGCUGGUGGGCACGAUGGGCGUCUCGCUGCUGUCCAACGCGCUGGUGCUGCUCUGCCUCCUGCACAGCGCCGACAUUCGCCGCCAGGCGCCGGCGCUCUUCACCCUCAACCUCACGUGCGGCAACUUGCUGUGCACCGUGGUCAACAUGCCGCUCACGCUGGCCGGCGUCGUGGCGCAGCGGCAGCCGGCCGGGGACCGCCUGUGCCGCCUGGCCGCCUUCCUCGACACCUUCCUGGCCACCAACUCCAUGCUCAGCAUGGCUGCGCUCAGCAUCGACCGCUGGGUGGCCGUGGUCUUCCCGCUGAGCUACCGCGCCAAGAUGCGCCUCCGCGACGCCGCGCUCAUGGUGGCCUACACGUGGCUGCAUGCGCUCACCUUCCCAGCCGCCGCGCUCGCCCUGUCCUGGCUCGGCUUCCACCAGCUGUACGCGUCGUGCACGCUGUGCAGCCGGCGUCCCGACGAACGCCUGCGCUUCGCCGUCUUCACGGGCGCCUUCCACGCUCUCAGCUUCCUGCUCUCCUUCAUCGUGCUCUGCUGCACAUACCUCAAGGUGCUCAAGGUGGCCCGCUUCCACUGCAAGCGCAUCGACGUGAUCACCAUGCAGACGCUUGUGCUGCUCGUGGACAUCCACCCCAGUGUGCGGGAACGCUGUCUGGAGGAACAGAAGAGGAGGCGGCAGCGCGCCACCAAGAAGAUCAGCACCUUCAUCGGGACCUUCCUCGUGUGCUUUGCCCCCUACGUGAUCACCAGGCUGGUGGAGCUGUCCUCCACGGUGCCCAUCGGCUCCCACUGGGGGGUGCUCUCCAAGUGCUUGGCGUACAGCAAGGCCGCGUCUGACCCCUUUGUGUACUCCUUGCUGCGACACCAGUACCGCAAGAGCUGCAAAGAGAUUCUGAACAGGGUGCUCCACAGGCGCUCCCUCCACUCCUCGGGCCUCACGAGUGACUCCCACAGCCAGAACAUUCUGCCUGUCUCUGAGUGAAGGACCCCGCCUCUGCUGGAGAGUUUGGAAUGAGAUGGCUGGUGAGAAGCAGGGAGGGAGGGCUUGGGGCUCCUGGGCGAACACCACCAGCCGCCAACCCCCUGGCAAGCCCAGUGAUUCCAGUUCCCUGGUUUUUUGGGGCUCUGAAGCCUGCUUCCAAGGUCCUCAAGGGUGGAUGUUGGAUU